AAUCAACAUGUAGACUCUAUUAAAAUUAUUCCUAGAAAUUCUAAAAAACAGUAUACCAAAGCUAAUAACACUAUGAAAAACAUUAAUGAUAUAAUGGAUAUGUCUGGAACAGCUAACCAACUCCUAGUUACUGAUGAAUCAAAUAAUCUCAAGGACAAAGGCAAACAAAAAGAUACAACUAUUGUCCAAGAAGACUUUAACUCUGGACUUGAACUUUUUACAAACCCUUUAGAGGACAUCCAAGAAACCUCUAAGACUCCAUCACUUUCUUUAACUCAAUGA